AUGGGUUAUCUUUUCUGCAAUGCAGAGUCUGCAAUUGCUACAUGCGAUCCACACUAUUGGGAUCUCAAAAAAAGAAACAAAUCAAUAACAAAUGGUACUCACACUAUCAAGGAGUUUCUCUACAUCGACCUCGUCGCCGCCACAAACGGUUUCUCCGAUGAUAGCUACUUAGGUAAAGGAAGCCACGGCAGAGUUUACAGAGCAAAGUUAAACGGCGGCAAUCUGGUUGUUGCCGUUAAAACAACGAAGCAAACUACAAAGAUUACACAUAGCCACGCCGUGACCUGCACCGGUUGCGGUAACUGUACGAGUCCUGCUGAGAAUGAGAUCGAGAUUCUUUCUCAAGUUCCAAGUCCUCGCCUCGUGAAUCUCAUCGGUUACUGCACCGACCCAAACGGCAAUAAAUUAAUUGUCGUUGAAUACAUGCCUAACGGUUCGCUUCAUGAUUUAUUACAUUCCGCGUCUAAACCGCCCGGUUGGACCAGACGAGUCCGGUUCGCAUUGCAAGUUGCAAAAGCGGUUCGAACCUUGCACGGUUCUAACCCUCCAGUGAUCCACCGUGAUAUUAAAUCCUCCAACGUUUUAAUCGAUCAGGAUUGGAAAGCAAGACUCGGUGACUUCGGUUUAGCACUUCGAGGACACGUGGAAGACGUUCGCGUUAAGUGUACGCCACCUGCGGGGACGUUAGGGUACCUCGAUCCAUGCUAUCUUGCGCCGGGGGAUCUUAGUGCGAAGAGUGAUGUCUUCAGUUUUGGGAUCUUGUUGUUGGAGAUAAUCAGUGGAAGAAAUGCUAUUGAUGUUAAUUAUAGUCCUCCUUCGGUUGUUGACUGGGCGGUGCCUUUAAUUAGAAGAGGCGACUUCGCCGGAAUCUGUGAUCGGAGAAUAGGAACCCCGUCGGAUAUGUCGGUGAUGCGGCAGAUUGCGGUGCUUGCGGCUAGAUGUGUUAGAUCGACAGCGGAGAAACGGCCGGCGAUGGUGGAGGUUGUGGAGUGUCUUAAACUGGCUGGGAAGAAGAUUCAGUCGUCGCCGAUUUGGAAUAGUUUCAGGUGGCGCGUGACACGAGUGGAGAGUGCGCAACCGUUGAUGAAGUGGGAAGCGUAUGAUCAAGAUUACGAUCCAGAUUAUGAUUAUAAUUAUGAUUAUGAUUAUCAUAAUGAUUGUAAUGAUUGGGAUAAUAAGAGUGAUGAGGUUGUUGUGAAAAUCAUAAAGAGUGGGAGUAGUAGCAGAAGGAAGAGUAAAGUAUCCAGUGUAGCGAGUGCAGAGUCUGUGAGUAAACACUCCAAGAAAGUGGCGAGAUCUAAGCCGUCAAAAAAAGUAACUAGAUCUAAAACCGUUGGUUCUUCUUCUGGUUUUGCUAGUAGCUGUAGCAGGAAGAGUGGGAUUCAAAUUCAAAUAGUUUCAGAGAAAACGCGUGCAAUGAAGCUGAAAAAGUCAAAGUCAACGGGGAUGUUGCAAGAACCUCAUUUGGGUGAGACUGAGACGAUAGCAUUAACCAUGUCAAAGUUGGUUAUUAGAGAUAAUAAGAAGUUGGAAAAGAAGAUGCUUGAAAAACCGUUGGUUUACUCGCAUGGUUGGGAGUCUGAAUAA